AUGAGGGCUUCAAGGGCUCUCAGAGUGCCGAAUGGCGGCCUUUUCGUGGGCGCAACGUCCCAGGCCCGAGGAGCGCGAUGCUUCAGCAUUGCCUUCAACACCAGAUCCACCCCUUCAGGGGCUGUCUGCCAGAUCGACACCAGGCGGGCCUUCACCCAGACGACGAGGUUCCGAUCCAGCGAGGCCGCCCAGGAGGCCCUCAAGAUGGCCCAGAAUAACUCUGACGCCCUCACGCCCGACGCUGUCCUCGCACGUAUGUCCCCCGAAGAAGCCCAUCGACUUUCCCGAGUACGAAACAUUGGCAUCGCGGCCCACAUCGACAGCGGAAAGACAACAUGCACAGAGCGUGUGCUCUUCUACACUGGUCGCAUCAACUCGAUUCACGAAGUUCGUGGCAAGGACGGUGCCGGCGCCAAGAUGGACUCAAUGGACCUCGAGCGAGAGAAGGGCAUCACCAUUCAGUCGGCUGCUACCUUUGCCGACUGGAAGAAGGUAGAGAACGGAAAAGAAGAAACGUACCAUGUCAACAUUAUCGACACUCCCGGACAUAUUGAUUUCACUAUUGAGGUCGAGCGCGCUCUGCGCGUUCUCGAUGGUGCCGUCAUGAUCCUGUGCGCCGUCAGUGGUGUGCAGAGCCAGACGAUCACUGUGGACCGUCAGAUGAAGCGCUACGACAUUCCCCGUCUCAGCUUCGUGAACAAGAUGGAUCGUGUUGGGUCCAACCCCUGGAAAGCCGUCGACCAGAUCAACAAGAAGCUCAAGAUUCCCGCUGCUGCCAUUCAGGUGCCCAUCGGGCUGGAAGACGAGCACGAGGGUGUCAUUGACAUUGUCGACAUGCAGGCCAUCUACUUUGAGGGUGCCCGUGGCCUCGACGUCAAGCGCACCGACGUGAUCCCUCCCCAGCUCAAGCAACAGGUCGAGGAGAAGCGUCAGGAGCUCAUCGAGAAGCUGGCUGACGUCGACGACGAGAUUGCCGAGAUCUUCCUUGAAGAGCAGGUCCCCACGACUGCGCAGAUCAAGGCCGCCAUCCGCCGUGCCACCAUCGCCCUCAAGUUCACGCCUGUCCUCAUGGGAUCUGCUCUCGCCAACAAGGGUAUCCAGCCCGUGCUGGAUGCUGUCUGCGACUACCUACCCAACCCCGGUGAAAUCACCAACAAGGCCCUCGACAAGUCCAAGGACGAGAAGGAGGUCAAGCUGGUCCCCUACAACUCGCUUCCCUUUGUCGGCCUCGCCUUCAAGCUUGAGGAGAACAACUAUGGCCAGCUGACCUAUAUCCGCGUCUACCAAGGCAAGCUCAAGAAGGGUUCAUACCUGUUCAACUCUCGCACCGACAAAAAGGUCCGCAUUCCCCGUAUUGUGCGCAUGCACUCCAACGAGAUGGAAGACGUCAACGAGAUUGGUGCCGGUGAAAUUUGCGCCGUUUUUGGCGUUGACUGCGCUUCCGGCGACACUUUCACCGACGGUGGCCUCCCCUACACCAUGACGUCCAUGUUCGUGCCCGACGCCGUCAUGUCGCUGUCGAUCAAGCCCAAGCGCAGCGCCGAUGCCGACAACUUCAGCAAGGCCAUGAACCGUUUCCAGCGCGAGGACCCCACGUUCCGUCUCCAUGUUGACGAGGAGAGUGAGGAAACCAUUAUUUCCGGCAUGGGCGAACUGCAUCUCGAGAUCUACGUCGAGCGUCUCCGCCGUGAGUACAAGUGCGACUGCGUCACGGGCCAGCCCCGUGUCGCCUACCGCGAGACCGUCUCCCGCCACGUCGACUACGACUACCUCUUCAAGCGCCAGUCCGGUGGUCCCGGUGACUACGCUCGUGUUGCCGGAUUCCUCGAGCCCCACACGGACCCCGAGGCCAACCUGUUCGAGGAGAAGGUUGUCGGCGGCACCAUCCCCGACAAGUACCUCUCCGCAUGCGCCAAGGGUUUCGAGGAGUCGGUCACGCGCGGCCCCCUGCUGGGCCACAGGGUCAUCGGCACGCACAUGGUUGUCAACGACGGCUCCACGCACGUUACUGAUUCGUCCGACCACGCCUUCAACCUCGCCACGCAGAUGGCGUUCAAGAAGGCCUUUGUCGACGCCGGCGGCCAGGUGCUCGAGCCCCUCAUGAAGACGACCAUUACGGCGCCCAACGAGUUCCAGGGCAGCAUCCUCAUGCUCAUGAACAAGCGCAGCGCCACCAUCAUCGACACGGAGAUUGGCACCGAGGACUUCACCCUCAUCUGCGACUGCUCGCUCAACUCCAUGUUCGGCUUCAGCUCGCAGCUGCGCGCCGCCACCCAGGGCAAGGGCGAGUUCGGCAUGGAAUUCAGCCACUACGCACCCGCGCCACCCCACCUCCAGAAGGAGCUCAUCGCCAAGUACGAGAAGGAGCUCGAGGCGAAGCGGACGAAAUAA